AUGCGCACACAGCACAUCCUCGCUACUCUCGCCCUUGCGCUGCCAGCCUUCGUGAGCGCAUCCUCCGCCUACACCAAGCUUGGCUGCUAUUCCGAUGUCCCCGAUCUAAAGGGCGACUCCACCAACAGCUACCAGGCCUAUGGCGCAUGCCUGAACUCGUGCUCCAAGGGUGGAUACAAGAUUGCCGUCCUGAGCAAGGGCAACCACUGCGCCUGCAGUAAUGCCGUGCCACCAGACUCGGCCAAGGUCAGCGAUGAUAAGUGCAACACGGCCUGUCCCGGAUAUCCCACGGACUAUUGUGGCGGCGACGACGUCUACAUGGUCCUCAGUACCGGCCAAUAUGUCGUCUCCGAGUCUGAUGGCGGCGCAGCGACGACACCAACCGCUGCCACCGCUGCGGGUGGUAUCAUUGUUGCUGCGACAAACGUUAACCCCACCACCGUCCCGACGAGUAUCCUGACGGCACCGGGUGCCAUGAUCACGAAGGCUGGUGUCAGCGGCGAAGCAUCUAGCUCUGCAGCUGCCACGGCCGCUAGCUCCAGCGCCUCGGCCUCACCUACUAGCAACGCUGCUGUCUCUCUGCGCGGCGGGUCAUCGAUGGCUGGAUUGCUAGUUGCUGGUCUGGGUCUGCUCCUGUAA